CAGACGUUUGUUUAUCGCGAUGAAUAUUUUGUGUUGACGAUUCAAUAAGCAGUAAUUCGAUGAACAGUAUGAAUGUGUGAUGGUGUCACGAAUUGAAAAUAAAUGUAAACUUUCCUAAUUUAUAUUAAAUAUUAAAUUUGAUGUUUUGCUGAUGACAUAUUAUCCUAUAGUACUUAUUAAAUGAUUUUGAUACUAAGUAAAAAUGAGUACUCGGAUAUUAAAUGAUAUUCAUAAUGAUUUAAAACAACUUAUAAAAGCACUUACAUCAUUUGAGGAAGAUGAAGAAGGAUUUCGGAUAUGUGAACGAUUUUGCUUGUCAAAUAUCAAACAUCAUCGUUACUUGUCUGUUAAUAGUCAUGCAACUAAAGAAGCUAUAAAUGCCAUAGUUACCAAAUUCUUAAUCCAUGGAAAAUAUGAAGUUGCUAAAACAUUUCAGGAGUUCAUUGAUUCUUUUUUAUCAAGUUUUGAUUUUGAGCAGCAUCCGCAGUAUGAUUUGCAGUGGUGUUUGUUAACUUUCCUGUUGGAUUUGUCUACUGAAACUCAUAAGUCCAAUUUAGAUAGCUUAAAACUUACACGUGGAGAGUAUAAUUUUAACGCAGCUGCUGCAAGUGAAGAUAAUGUUACGGAGGAAAUUGAUUGGGUACAGUAUUUAAAAGAAGGUCAAGAGAACUUUUUUUGUAAUUAUAAAAGUGACGAUAGUGAGAAUGAAUGGUCUGAUCUAUCAGAAGAAGAAGAGACCAAUGAAAAUGAUACUUCCUUGCCAACACAAAUACCUAAUACACAAUUAGAUAUUGCACAAUCCUCAGAAAUUUCUGAUACCACAACAGAUAAAUUAUCUGUAGUGCUAGUGCAAAAUCUUGAAUCUAAAAAAUGGCUCUUAUCAAAUGUUCAAACGGACUGGUGGAAUAAUUUAGAAUGUCAAAAGUGUCCUGUUAUCAAACAAUCUUGUGAUGCCAAUAUAUGUGACAUUUGGCAUGGGACGAGCAUAUCAGCUUCAUAUAAAGUAGCUACUCUCAGUGAAUAUCAAGUGUGUAGAGAAUUAUUAUGGAUGUUGUAUGUUCAAACAUCUAUGGUAGUAUUUCAACAGGAAAGUGAAUCGAAAUUUUCAAUACAUCCUGAUAUAUCUAUACCAAGUUUGACUACUACUGCUUUUAAAAGUAUUCUGUCACCAUUCUGUGAAUGCUUUUCAAUGAUAUAUGAUAUUAAAAAAUUUGGAACCGAGUUGCAAUCAGUUUAUAAUCAAGAAUCAGAACUUCAGAGUCCUCCUUUGACCUAUGAAGCGUAUAAUGCUGCACUUAAGCUGCACUUAUAUGAAUUCAAGAAUAAAGUAAUUAAUAUAGAGAAAGAUGUUAUGAAUCAAGAGAAUUGCAAUACAUUUUUAACUUUAUCGACUAGUUUAAGAAAAUAUUUGAAUACUAUAAGAAUACUUCAUGAUAUACAUCAAAAAGUUACAACUGAUUGGACAGCUAAUCCUAAUUGGAAAUGUGCAUCUCGAUUGUUAUCAUCUUUAUAUUAUGAAAUGCAGAAUUCUCAUAACCGAGAAAGAACAAAUAUUUGUACAAAUUUGUACUUAUGUAGUCUUGCUGUUUAUCUUAAUAUAAUUGAUACAUGGUUGAGUGAAGGACGAUUGGAAGACUGGAGGGAUGAAUUUAUAAUAGUAAGGAUCACAGAAGAUGCAUUAGCGGAAAAUGAUGAACAAAAUGAAAAAUUCACAGUACGGUUGUCUGAUAAUGUUUGCCUGACAGAUCCGAUCAUGCAGUUCUUACUGCAAAAAGUGCAACAUAUGGGACACAGUAUUGAAUUGCUUGUCUCUCUAGAUCGUAUUACUGAUAUGUGGAAGAUGGACAGUGAAAAUAAUGAUACAAAGAUUUCAUUAAACAAUGAACUACAAAGUAAAUUACUAUCCGAAAUAUCUAAAUAUAGUCCAUCAGUCGAAGAAACAGAUACAUCUGCGCUGCAAGUGGAUAAAAUAUUACAAGAAUAUGACGCUGAUAUUGAAAAGAACAUAAUACAACAAUUAUCAACUUUACAUAAUCCAUUUCUCAUGAAAGCUAUGGAAGAUUACAUGCCAUGUGAAUUAUAUAAAAGCGACACAGUGGACGCUCGUAAUACUCACGACUCUAAAAGAAAGCAAGACCGUACAUACGAUUUAUAUAAAAAAUUGCAGAAGAUAAAAUAUAUCCUGCCAUUGGAAAAUAUUUUGGAAAAUACACUGUCUGAGAUUUUAAUUUUACGCUACAACAGUGCCAGCAAAUUAGUGAGAAAUAUUAUGAUUGAGGAAUACAAGCUACAAACACAUUUGAAGCUAUUGAGAUUUGUUUACAUGAUGGAAGCUGGACAUGUUAUGAAUAAAUUCUAUCAAAUCUUAUUUCACGAGAUUGAAAAUAAUCAAAUGUGGGCUAACUCAUACUUCCUGUCAUGCAUUCUCGAAGAGAUAUUUUCUCAGUAUUGGCCAGACACGAGUUCGCGCUGGUCCAUCACAGUUCACGGCAAUAUCAACACUCGUCAGGUGUUGCAAGCUGUGAAUAGCAUAACACUGCAUUAUACAGUGGAAUGGCCUAUCAGCAUAAUGCUGACCAAGAAAGUCUUGGAAAAAUACAAUGAAAUAUUUAGAUUUCAAUUGAAAUUGAAAUGGGCUUUAUGGACAUUAAAUAAUUUAAGGUUUAAUGAUUUAGAAGAUUCUAGGUCGCUGUCUAAUAUAAAGGAUAAAGUGGAACAAUUUCACAUAAGACGCCUUGAAAGCUUGAAGUUUUGGUUGCUACACGCAAUAGGGUCUAUACAUACGUACUUAUCUGGUCAAGUAUUACAGAGCCUAGGUUUUAUACUAGAAAAAGUUCUCGCUCAGGCAGAUAGUCUUGAUGCCAUUAUAUCAGUGCACAAUGAAUACUUGAAUAAAGUUCACGAACACUGCUUAUUGACAGAAGAGUUUGAAGAUUUAAUGACAACCAUAAACAACAUGAUCGAAAUGUGUACUCACGUCCGAGACAGAUGGUCGCGCAAGAAAUUAUUGCUAGCUACUGCAGAAUUGGAUGUAAUGGAGCACAGUUACAUAAAGUAUCAUACAUAUCUCGCUUUAGCUUUGCACAAUGCAGUGCAACAUAAGGAUGCAGAUUAUUGUAAGUUUCAGAAUUUAUUAGCAAUACUUAAUGUAUUUCAACACAAUUGCCCAAAAUUCUGCAUUUCAAUCGAUCAAUCAUAGAUAUUCUAGAAACAAUAGUAAAAUCAAAGAUCAUUUCUCUGGCGAUUACUGAGAUAUAUUACUGUUAUUAAUAUUGAUAUAUCAAACUCUGAAUUUAUUUGCCGUGUGUACUCGAAAAAUAUUAAUAUCAUACUAACAGACGUUAAAGAAUGAAUCAUUGCUGCAUGACGAUCAAUAAUAUUGCUUCUGAUAUAUAUAACACUUUUUUCCUUGCUUUAUUUACAGUGACCAGCUUAAGUUCAGCCUUUAAUUGCAGUAUGCCGUGUGCUUAAUUUUGUAUUAAUAGAAUGUCAACUCGUACCGAUUUAACAACAUUACCAGUGUGAUCCCUGAUUUUUUCAUUUGGGAUUAACAACGACAUCACAAUUUCAUUUCAUUUGUACAAAUUACUGCUUUAUACUACAGCAAUUUCAUAGAUUUUAUGGAUACACGUAGUAUUUAGCUAGAUUGUUGUUUUUUUUUAUAGAUCAAUACAUUAUCUUAUACAUUAAGAAUUUUUUAAUUAUUUUAAAUUAAAUUG